UAGAUCCCUUUCUGCUCCUGACUCACACAGGGAAGGCAAGCAGUAUAAAAACACAGGAUUUUAGACAUUUCCCAGCUAACAGAUUAAUGCAAUACACAAGGACAUUACAAAAAGCAAACAAGAAGAGACACUACUAGUUUGGUCAAUGAUGUCUUUGAUUUGGCUCCUGUUAUAUGCAUACAUCCAUGCCAUUUCUGGCAUGAUCUUAUUUGGGGACAUGGCUGAUCAGGACAGCCCCAUUAGUGUGAGUAUCCCUGUUGAACCACCACUGCGUCCCCUAUUGGGGGGAAGCAUGAUUAUACCUUGCUACUUCCAGGACAACACUGUCCAGGACCCUGGCGCCCCAACCACUGCCCCACUUCCCCACCGUAUUAAGUGGAGCUACAUCUACAAGGGCAGAAUAUCUCUUAUUCUUGUUGCCAGUGGGGGUGUGGUGCAGGUUGAGACAGACUACGUGGACCGGGUUCAUUUGGUAAACUACCCCAUGGUGCCAACUGACGCCACCAUUGAGAUCUCAGAACUCCACUCCAGUGACUCCGGGACCUACCGCUGUGAGGUUAUGCAGGGGAUUGAAGACAACUACGAUUCUGUAGAAAUGCAAGUCCAAGGCAUUGUGUUUCACUACCGAGCAAUAUCUACCCGAUAUACCUUGACAUUUGAGAUGGCAAAGGCAGCCUGCAUCCAGAACAGUGCUGUUAUUGCAACUCCCGCACAGUUGCAAGCUGCCUAUGAUGAUGGAUACCAUCAAUGUGAUGCUGGUUGGCUUUCAGACCAAACUGUGAGGUAUCCAAUUCAUGAGCCAAGGGAGCCUUGCUAUGGAGACAAAGAAAAUUUCCCAGGAGUACGAACAUAUGGAGUCAGAGACAUCAAUGAGACCUAUGACGUGUACUGUUUUGCAGAGAAAAUGUCAGGUAGUGUGUUCUACUCUAUGUCUGUGGAGAAGUUCACCUUUGCAGAGGCUAAAGACCAGUGUGCAAAUUUGGGAGCCCAACUGGCCACCACAGGGCAACUCUACCUUGCAUGGAAGGCUGGUAUGGAUGUGUGCAAUGCUGGCUGGCUGGCAGACAGGAGUGUGAGGUACCCCAUUAACAUAGCUCGACCCCAGUGUGGUGGGGGGCUUUUGGGAGUGCGAACAGUGUACCUGUUUCCAAAUCAGACUGGUUAUCCAUACCCAGACUCCCGCUAUGAUGCAAUAUGUUAUGCAGAAAAAGAAGAUAAGGUUUCAACAAAGACCUCACCAUUUCCUAAAAUAUCCACUACCACGGAUGCCAUGAUCAGUGUGGCUACAUUCACCUCGAGCCCUUCAGACUAUACUGAAGAGGUGAACACAGGAGAAGAGGUCCGUGGUCAGCUAGUGACAGAAGAGCCUCUUAACACCACAAGCAUAGAAAGUCCUCUACCUUUACUUCCCAACAUAACUGAGGUUGAGGAGGACAUUAUUAAUGUGGCCACGGCUCGGCCUUACUUGGGAUAUGAGAUUCCCAUGGACAAUGAAACUGCUGAAACUAAGGGAGUUGUAUUCCACUAUCGCGCUGACUCCGGACGCUAUGCUUACACCUUUGAAGAAGCACAAGUGGCAUGUCAGAAGCUGGGAGCAAUCAUAGCCACCCCUGAGCUUCUUCAGGUGGCUUAUGAAGCUGGCCUUCAUCAAUGCAGUGCAGGUUGGCUAAAGGACCAGACUGUCAGAUAUCCAACUGUGAAUCCUCAAAAGAAGUGCUCCGGAGAUCAGAAGGACCUCCCUGGCAUACACUCUUACAAUGUCAGGCCUGCACAUGAGCGGUAUGAUGUGUACUGUUAUAUGGAACAGAUAAAGGGAGAGAUCUUCCAUGUGAGCUCAUUAGCAGGCUUCACCUACUAUGAAGCUGUUGCCCAUUGCAUAAAACUGGGAUCUACUCUUGCUUCAACUGGAGAACUGUUCGCCUCAUGGAAUGAAGGUUUCCACAAGUGCAGUCCAGGCUGGCUGUCUGAUCGCAGUGUCCGCUAUCCUGUCCACAACCUAGGCUUUGGUUGUGGUGAAAACAAGACAGGAGUGCAUACUAUUUAUACUCAACCAAACCAAACAGGCUUCCCAAACCCAUACUCCAGAUAUGAUGCAUAUUGCAUCAGAGCAAAUCUGUCUAUGCUGCUUGAUGAAGAUAUGAUGAACACUACAAAGAUGGGGAUGGAUCUUAACAUGACAGAUAUAACAGAGCUACUGAGACCUGUUCGCCCAAUUGUCCCUCCCUUGCUUGUGGAACUGUCUGGAUCUGGAUCUGGAUCUGGAUCUGGAUCUGGAUCUGGAUCUGGAUCUGGAUCGAGCUCGGGCUCAACAUCAGCAUCAGGUGAUCCUGAUUCCAGUUCUGGGUACAUGUCAGGGAGUGGCAUACCCAGUGGGAGCAUAUCCGGUUCUGGCCAAAGUGGUGAUGGAUCAGGUCACCUUGUGAGGUACCAAGAAGGUGCAGAUACACUCAUGUGGCAAACUUCUGCCUCGGGCAGCACUAUGGAGGCAAGAGAAGGUAGUGGCAGUGGCAGUGGUGUUAUCAUUACUUCAGUAUCAUCAGGGGAUCAAGAAUCUGGAGAGGAAUCUGGACUCUUUUAUGAACAAAGUGGCAGAGGACCUGGCAGUGGAUCUAGUGGUUCAGGGACAAGUGGAUUCUUCAGUGGUGAGGAAUCAAGCCUUCCAUCAGGAUUUGGCAGUGGAUCUAGUGGUUCAGGAACAAGUGGAUUCUUCAGUGGUGAGGAAUCAAGCCUUCCAUCAGGACAUGGUAGUGGAUCUAGUGGUUCAGGAACAAGUGGAUUCUUCAGUGGUGAGGAAUCAAGCCUUCCAUCAGGACAUGGUAGUGGAUCUAGUGGUUCAGGAACAAGUGGGUCCUUCAGUGGUGAGGAAUCGAGUGGGUCGGGCUUCUCUGGUGUAUCAUUUAUAAACACAGAAAUGAUAGAUCUGACUGCAAGUACUUCUGGAAAACAGGAAUUGUCUGGUGUUUCUCCAUUCGACUUGACUGAUGUUAGUGGUCUCAGCUCUGCUUUUGGAUCUGGUUCUGCCUCUGGAUCUGGCUCUGCCAUUGGCUUUGGAUCUGGCACCAUCAUUGACUUUGCAUCUGGUUCUGCCAUUGGCUUUCGAUCUGGCUCUGCUUCUGGAGCUUCAGGUUAUCCCAGCGAUCCCUCUGGUGAGGUAUCUGGCCACAUUCAGAGUCAGGAUGGAAAGAUUGUCAUUCUAACGGAUGAUGAGGUUGAGUUGAUGUUUAGGCCUACAAUUGGAACAGAACAGGGUCGUGGAUCAGUGGAGAUCAGUGGAGAGGGCAGUAGUCAAGAACAUUAUGCUGAGGACGUCUCCAUAUCUCUUUCUAAUAGUACUUCAUAUGAAGAUUAUUGGAGUGUCAAUGAAACUGUUGAUCUCCUACCAGAAGGACAAAAUCAACUUAAAGUCAUCACUGAGGCAUUUGAUGUGACUGAUCAGUCACCACUGAACACAACACCAUCCACGACUUCUAUACUCAUUACUCCACCUUCAGCUGUACUACAAACACCAAAAGCUAUGGAGGAGCCAUUUUUAACUGAUGCGGUACAGGGAUGUGCUGAGGGGUGGAUGGAGUUCAUGGGCAGCUGUUAUAUUCAUUUUGAUGUGCGUGAGACCUGGACCACUGCUGAGCAGCACUGUCAAGAGCUAAACUCUCACCUGGUUAGCAUAUCCUCCCAACAAGAACAAGUGUUUGUAAAAAAUCAAGCUCGUGACUAUCAAUGGAUUGGACUUAAUGACAAGGAUGAGCAAAAUCAGUUUCGCUGGACAGACGGAAGCCCUUUGAAAUAUGAAAACUGGAGACCCAAUCAGCCAGAUAAUUACUUCAGCACCGGAGAAGACUGUGUUGUAAUGAUAUUGCAUGAGGAUGGCCAGUGGAACGAUGUACCCUGCAACUAUCAUCUUCCUUUUACUUGCAAGAGUGGACCUGUCACGUGUUCAUCACCUCCUGAAGUGAAGAAUGCCAGGAUGUUAGGCAACAGCAAAGAUCGCUACCCUGUUAAUUCUUCAAUUCGAUACCAGUGUGACAGUGGAUUCACACAGCGCCACCUUUCAGUGGUACGUUGCUUACCUGACGGGCAGUGGGAGGAGCCAAAAGUGGAAUGCAUAGGAGGUGAAACAAACAACAGGCUACGGAAAAGAUCCCUCAAGACACAUCCCAAAGCAGUCAAUAGUCGAACGUGGAGGAAAGUCCUCUAAACAAGACAAAAAAAAAACACACCUAAAAACAUUCAGAGGACUGUUAUUAAUAAAGAUCAUCUCAAAGACAAGGGAAUAACUUAUGUAAUGACAAACUUUACUUAGUCCAUCUGGCUGAUUGGUUUACAAGUGCUACUCAGAGCUCUGUUUUGGGGAAAAUAAAGAUUUUAUUCCUCCCAUUUAUGUAACUUCUGGGCCACGGGAUGAUAAUCUAAUCUAAAAAGAAUAGACUUAAUUUCACAGAGCCCCCCUUGAGUUUUGACUUUAAUUAUUACAUAAUCACUGCUUAGUGCCUAAUAUUACAAGCAAAGCACAGAAUUUACUUUACCAUUAGUGCAAGUCUUGAAAGGUUUGCUCCAGGCCACAAGUUAACACUAAUGUGUGAAUGUUUCCCACUUUCUCUCUAACAAUUUGCACAAUCCAAAACUGUGAUGUGGCCAUGUAUGUUCAGAAGGGAAGACUACUACUUAGUGAAUAUGGCUAAGUAGUACUGCCUACAAUUAAAAAAUAAAAUAAAUAAAAUAAGUGAAAGAGUAGGCAUUGAUAUGACCAUCACAUGACUUAUAUACUCUGCAUAUGAGCGACGGUGACAAAAUUUGCAUACUCUGCACAGUAUACAUUAUACAGCAAUAGUACAGGUAGUGUAGAAUUAUGCAGAAUAAACAUAGUCUCUACAAUCCCCAAUAUUGCCCCUUCAUACUUAACAAUAACUGAUGACUGGAAAAUGCAUUUUUGAAUAUGUAGAAACACAAUACCAGUAUUGGGGCAUUUUUUAGAGUUUAGUUUUGUCACAUACUGUUUGCAUUUGAAUGUAAGUGUUUGUAUCGAGCUCCGUAAUUACCUUAGCUUAACUUUUAGGUUCAUGCAUUUACAUGUGGCAACAUUGGCCUUGCAUUCCUUUUUAUUUUAUUCAAUUUAAAAGGAGGACACAAGGGGUUGUGGGCAAUAUUAACCCAAACAGCACAGAAGAACUUUGGAAAUCUGCCAGAAAUAGUGUACCAUCCUGGCACCUUUGGCAUACUAUUUUCAACAUAUUAUGAUGGCAAAAAGAAAAAAAAAAUCCUAUUUAGGGCAGACGGUGUGCGAAGUGAACAUCUGUGCAUUAGAUAGCACAAAGGUUAUACUGUCUGUGUACCUCUGGGCAACAAUAAAAACAAGACAAAAGGCUUUAAUGACCACAGCUGGACACAAUUACAUUUAAGUACAUUAGUAUUUCAAAUUCUUUAAUUAAGAUGUGUCUUUUUAUGUAUAUUGUUGUUUGUUGUAGUUUAAAUGUCUAGUUGUAUUUCUGUGAAACUGUGAAAGAUACAUUCCCCAGCUUUUCGCUUCUGAUUCUAGGUCAGCUUGCAAUAGUAUACAAAUGUUUACUCCGAUUAGAAAGAUUUAUUAAUUCAUUAGCUCAUAUGAUUCGGCUUGGCCUACAAAACAGAUUUAACCUCUAAUAUUGCCUUAUAGAGACAAACAUACAUUUUCAAAAAAGACAGUAUUACAAGAUGAAUUUUUUUUAAUGGCCUAAAAGUGUUUAAAAAUCCAUAGUAAUAGCCAACACACAAAGUGUGUGCCACAAUGUUGAUGGAAAGAGUCAAUCGUUUCCAGUAGAGCAAUUUCUCAUUAAUUUUGCACUCUGUCACUGUCAGCCCUUCGCUGAGCUCAUAUCUGUCUUAGUACCCCUAAAAUAAACAGACUAAAUGUGUGAA